GAAAACUGAAUGUAUUAGAAAAUGGAAGCUUACUUACAAAAUGCCAUAUGUGCAGUAUUUAUACAAAUAGCUGACUAACUGACUCAGCUAACAACCUUUCAACUAAAACAAACUAAAAGUAGUUGCUUAUAUCUAAUAGUGUUUAACCAAAAUUAGAAGGGCGAAAUCCGGAUUACCAUCUAGUGCUAACAAAUUGCAUAUACAAAAUUACAUUACUGCCACUUCUCAUAACACUUAAGUACUCCUCUAAUCUGCUUCUUCACCCAAUUAGCCAUCUCUUAUUCUCUUCCCUUCCAGCCCGGUCAGGAAAUAUAUAUAGGAAGAAAGAAAUUAAAACGAAAUGGGUACUUUAUGCUUAGUCUACAUUUCCAUUCUUAUCUAUCCACUCUUACGAUCAGCUGAAUCUAAACACCCAGGCGUUUACACCGGCGGCGCGUGGCACUCAGCUCACGCCACCUUCUAUGGAGGCAGCGACGCCUCCGGCACCAUGGGUGGCGCGUGCGGGUAUGGAGACCUCUACAGCCAAGGCUACGGAGUGAACAAUGGAGCUUUGAGCACGGCCCUCUUCAACGAUGGCCUCAGCUGCGGGGCCUGCUUCGAGAUCAAGUGCGCCGACGAUCAAUCUUGCGUUCCCGGCAACCCGUCGAUCAUUAUUACGGCGACCAAUUUCUGCCCACCCAACUAUGCUCUGCCCAGCGACAAUGGUGGCUGGUGCAACCCUCCGCGGCCUCAUUUCGACCUCUCCAUGCCCAUGUUCCUCAAGAUCGCCGAGUAUCGCGCCGGAAUCGUCCCCGUCACUUAUCGCCGAGUGACAUGCCGGAAGAAGGGGGGAAUACGGUUCACGAUUAACGGGCACCAAUUCUUCAACCUGGUUCUGAUCACCAACGUGGGAGGCGCAGGGGAUAUCGUGAGAGUGAGGGUGAAAGGGUCAAAGACCGAUUGGAUAGAGAUGAGCAGGAACUGGGGGCAAAACUGGCAAACUAGCGCCGCUUUGAGCGGGCAGUCGUUAUCUUUCCGGGUAAAGAGCAGCGACCGGCGAUCAUCCACCUCCUGGAACGUCGCCCCGGAGGGCUGGGAGUUCGGCCAAACAUUUGUCGGGAAAAACUUUCGAGUGUGAAUCAAAUUCCUCUCUCCCUUUUACCUAAGUUUCAGUUCCGUCUUCAUAUCUAUGAAUUCAUUAUUUAAAUUAGUCUUCAUAUGUUAUCAAAAACAGCCAUUAAAUCCUUUAAAUUAGUCUUCAUACUAUAAAAACACUC